AUGCAGACGUUAUCUAGGAUUCAUACAUUUAAAGGCAGGCCGAUUAUAAUUAAACAAUGGGAUAAGAAUGUCAAUUUGCCUAAGGAAGUUUUGGAAUCGGUUCCAGUUUGGCUAAAAAUACAUAAUCUUCCUGUACAUUGCCAUAAUGAAGAAUCAGUGUCCAAGGUUUGUUCAAACUUCUCGAAACCUAUCUAUAUGGAUGAUCCAGACUUACAUAGAGAUAAGGGUGAUUAUGUCCGCGUCAUGGUGGAAGUGGGGGUUAAAGAGGUAUUACCUGAGACAAUGGUUGUAGAUAUUCACAGUUGUGACUACUUCAUUGAUCUGGAAUAUGAAUGGAAACCAAAGCUAUGCGACUUAUGCAAAAAAGUUGAUCACUUGGAGGACAGAUUCCCUCUGAAAAUUCUACAGAUGAAACCUAAAAAGGGUGUGGAUAAGUGGGUAAUGAAGAACAAGGGUAAGCUCAUUGCUAUAGAUGAAGUGAUUGAUGAAAUGCCAGCAAGAGCACAUGCAUCAGCGUCCCCCAAACUUGUGCAAGUUUCAAAUUCCUUUGCUGCUUUAUCAGACAAGGAAGAUAAUGAUCCUAAUAAGGUGGAACCAGUGGUGGAGGAGAAUAUCCAACUUACAAACCAGAGAAAUGAAAAGGUGGUUGAGAUUACAAGUGAUGUGGAGAUAUAUUCUCCAGUGGGAUUGGAUAUUGUUUCUUCUGCAGCUAGAUUCAAAUCAAGUGAGGAACAAGAAAAGGUACAGGAUAAUACAGAUGCUAGGGCUGCGAUUCAGAAUGAUUUAAGUUCUACUGGGAACCUAAGUCGAUACAUAAGGAAGAUGCAAGUUAUGCCUAAUUGGUUUUGGAUUAAUAAUUACGAAGCUCAUGGUUUGGGGAAAAUCUGGGUAGGGUGGAAUCCGGUUGUGCUGGAUGUUAAAGCACUUGAUAUAAAAGAUCAAUCUAUGGGACCAUGGAUUACUCUUGGAGAUUGGAAUGCUAUUCGUUUUCAUGGAGAUAAGAAAGGAGAAUUGUUGGAAAUCUCAGCAAUUAAUGGUGAAUGGUCCUGGAAUAAUAGGCAAAGGGCAAUUAAAAGAAUUUGUGUAAAGCUUGAUAGGGUUUUCUUGAAUAAUCACUGGCUGAAUCAGAUUACUAGUACAAAGAUGACGUAUUCAGCAGCAAAGAGCUCUGAUCACUAUGGGAUUUUGGUGCAAGUAUCAAAGAAUUUUGCAACUGGACCUAAGCCUUUUAAAAUGUUGAAAAUUUGGUGCCUUAAAGAUGCUGUGCUUCCUCUUGUUGAACAUGCUUGGCAAAUGGAGAAACUUGAAGAUCUUCAGCAACAUCUUUUGGUUAAUCCUUCUGAAAGUCUCUUUGAGGCCGAGUAUAAAUUGAGAGAAGAGUAUGAGGCCUCUAUUUCUGAUCAAGAAAUCCUGUUAGCACAGAAAUCUAAAACUUUGUGGUUAAAGGAUAAUGAUAGUUAUACAGCCUUUUUUCAUCAGAAAAUAAAGCAGCAUAGGAACUUUAAUGCCAUUACUAGCAUUGAGAGUGCAGAUGGUCAAAUUCUUAAGGAUUCGCAAGAUAUAGGUCAGAGAUUUGUGGAUUAUUAUCAGAAUUUGUUCUCUAAACAGGUGGAUAGUCAGGUUGGUGAUUUUGUUCCUAGACAUACUCUAUCAGCAGAUGAUAAUUUCAGGUUAGAUGCUCCUAUUCAAUAUGAAGAAGUCAGGGAUGUGGUGAUGGGGUUUCAUCUGGAUAAAUCUCCUGGUCUUGAUGGUUUCCCUGCAAGGUUUUAUCAAACGUUUUGGCAAGUGAUUGACAAGGAUGUAGUGGCUGCAGUUCAAUACUUUUUUAACUUCAGCAUUAUGCUUUUGGGGGUUAGUAGCUCAUUUCUUAUGUUAUUACCAAAGAUUGGGAAUGCCUCUAAGGUUGGAGAUUUUAGGCCAAUUGCUUUAUGCAAUUUGGUAUACAAGAUCAUCACUAAAAUCAUGGCUAAUAGGUUAGCUUUGAGUCUUCCUAAGUUGGUGGGGGUGGAGCAGUGUGCUUUUGUUAAAGGAAGAAGGAUUCAAAAUGCUCUAAUUAUAGCUCACGAUAUGGUUAGGGAUUUUAAUAAUCCAAAGCAUCCUUCUAUGGCUCUGAAAGUUGAUAUUAUAAAGGCCUAUGGUUUAGUUUCUUGGGAAUUUUUGUUAAAGGCUUUGGGAUUCUAUGGUUUCAGUAAUAAGUGGAUCAAUUGGGUGGCUGCUAUUUUUCAAUCUACUAGAUAUUCCAUUCUGCUUAAUGGAUCUCCUAAAGGAUUUAUCAAGCCUGGAAGAGGUCUUAGACAAGGGUGUCCAUUAUCCCCCUUGUUGUUUACUUUAGUCACAGAGUGUCUUUCUACCUUCAUUGCUAAAGCUGCUCAGAAAAAAAACCUUGCAGUUAUCAAUUCUAUCAAAACUUUCAAGCCUCAUUUAUGUCAUAUAUUUUUUGCUGAUGAUCUUAUGGUGGCAUGUAAGGCUACAAUUCAUAAUGCCCGAGUGUUGGCUAGUAUUUUCAAGAAAUUUGAGGCUGUUACUGGUUUGCAAGUGAGUCCAUUAAAGAGCAGUGUGAUUUUUUCUAGAGCAGUCAAAAGAAAGUCUGGUCUGUUGGAGGUUCUGCAAUACAAGGAGGAAUCAUUCCCUAUUAAAUAUUUAGGACUUCCUCUCUACUCAACUGGUUUAAAGAAGUCUCACUGCAAGGAUCUAAUUGACAACAUUGCUAACAAAAUUUUCUGUUGGAAUUCCAAUUUGUUAUCUGUAGCAGGGAAGCUGGAACUAAUUAAAGCUGUAAUCACUCCUAUUUUUCAGUAUUGGUGCUUUAUUUUUGAUAUCCCUAUGGCUGUGAUUAACCAAAUACAGAAGAUGUGUAGGGAUUAUUUGUGGGGUAGUAAGGAGCAUGCAAAGAAGUUACAUCUUUUGAAGUGGGCUAUGAUUACUAGAACUAAGGAAGAAGGAGGUUUGGGUAUUCGAAAAUUGAUUGACAUUCAGGUUGCCUCCAAAUGUGUGCUGGUUUGGGACUUCUUAACUAGCAAAGAUAGAUUAUGGAUCUCUUGGUUCAAACAUAAAUAUACUCCUAAUUGUAAUUACUGGGCUGUGGUUCCAAGAAUGUCUAACUCAGUUAUAUGGAAAACAAUGGUGGCCGUCAGAGAGAUGAUGUUACAACAUUGUGGUUUUCAAAUAAGUAAUGGCCGGUCUAUUCUAUUGUUUAAAGACCCUUGGUGUGCAGGGCUGACUGUUACAGCUAAAUUUGGGCACAGGAUGGUACAAAAUUUGAAUUUGCCUAGGGAUGCUUCACUGAGCGCAAUAAUUCAGAAUGGAGUUUGGAAUUGGCAGAUGCUUCAGGGACUUGAUUUGUUGCCGUUUAGACAGUUUCUUCACUUUUUGACUCUUACAAUGAAAAAUAUUUGUGGGCAGGAGAAUCCUUUUCUUUUAAGAACGCUUGGGACAGGUGCAAGUAUGGGGUUGAGGAAGUGCAGUGGUUCAGGCUGUGUUGGAAUAAGGCUAGGCCAAGGUGGUCUGUUACGGCUGUUUUUGUUAUGUUGGAUAGGUUGCCUUCUAUGUGCAAUCUACAAAAGCGAAAAGUUUAUUUGGCUUCAAGAUGUUCUAAUUGUCAACAAGGAAUAG